CCACCACGAAAACAGAAUAAACCCACACAGAUAACAAUCUCAAAAGAAUAAAAAAAGAGUGAAUCUCUCUCAACAAUGCUGAGAAGAAAACCCAGCAAAAUCCAAGUCAGAAUCGAAGACAAAGAAGAACUCGAAGAAGCUCGUAAACGCUCUCUCGCCGCUGCUGCCGCCGCCGCUGCAACAGCAACCUCCAGUACCUCCGCAGCUGCCUAUCUCAACCAACAAUUAGAUCGUAACAAAGACCCAUCCACCAAAUCCCAUCGAAUUGGUCUUUCUUCAUCUUAACAAAUGGAAAUCGAACUAAAGCUUAAGCUUCCUGAUUCAACAUCUCAUCAGAAACUCUCAGAUCUUCUAUCUCCAUUUCAUAUCAAAACCCAUCUCCAAGACAACAUAUUCUUUGAUGGUCUCAAUUCAGAACUCUCAUCAAAAAGAGCCGUUCUCAGAUUAAGAUUCUACAACGACGAUUCUCUCUGUGUUGUUUCAUUAAAAGCUAAAGCUGUACUUGUUAAUGGUGUUAGUCGUGUUGAAGAAGAUGAAGAAGAGAUUGAUCCUGUUAUUGGUAGAGCUUGUGUUCUUGAACCAUCGAAACUUUUGGGGAUUGAAGGUUCUAGGGUUUUGAAAAGAGUGAAAGAUGAGUUUUUUAUUGGGGAUGGUGAGAAAGGGUUUGUUUGUUUAGGUGGGUUUAGAAAUGUUAGAGGUGUUUAUGACUGGAAGGGAUUGAAUUUGGAAUUGGAUGAGACUACUUAUGAUUUUGGGACUAGUUAUGAAAUUGAAUGUGAGAGUGAUGAUCCUGAAGGUGUGAAGAAAUUGCUUGAACCAUUUUUUAUGGAGAAUGGGAUUAGUUAUAAGUACUCCGAGGUUUCGAAGUUCGCUGUCUUUCGAUCCGGGAAGCUUCCAGAAUGAAUGAAUGAGUGAGUGAGUUUAUCAUUACAAUCUGUUUACUUGCUUGUUUUAUGUUCUAGUUUAAUCAAGAAUUUGACAUUAUGGUGUUGGCUGAAUAAUUUGUCUCAUAUAUUGAAUUGCAUUGCCCUAGACUCAGUAAGCUGUGGAUAGGGGUCGAUUACAUAUCUUUCAGUUUCAUAGUUAUAAGAGUUGGCAAGGUUUGAAUGGUUCAGCAUGGGAAGGAGACCUUCCUGUCUAAUGUGUUUUUAAUAGCUUAUCGAUUACAAAAAGAGAUAUGUUGGCUUGUAUUUUGAA